AUGUCACUUGACGAUUCGCCCAUAGUGUGGGCCAUUUGCACGAUAUUAGUCGUCGCCUUCGUAUACAAGCUAAUACUUGACCAUACUCGUGAUAUUCCUCUCGAAUACUUGGAACUGCAGAGCGUGGUGGAUUCCACUAGAGAGAACAAUGAGCUGGCCAUCUACAAAUCCACGAAACUAGACUACUCGUCGGGCCUUCGAGUAGGUCUUGGCAUCCGUUAUGACCACUAUAAGCUUCGUAAUGGCAACUUAUGUGAUGUGUGGGAAAUCAUGUUGCGAUGCUUGAGAAGCGAUGACCAACGAGUUAUUAGGGUUGGCAAGAACACGGUGAAGGUCUCGCAUUUGAACUUCCAGGUGGAUAAGUUGGCCCAAUUCUUGCAUCAUGUUGACGAGGUCUGCGUUGUAUCGCUGAAAUUCAUUGCCAGUGCACCUGUAUUAGCAAUUACCAUUGCGUGCUUUGUGUCAAAUACAACGUUGCAUGUUUAUGGUGAUGGUUUACUAGAACCAAAGGGAAUGGUUGUGGAGGAAGAACAUGGAGAAUUCUACUUGUCUAUUGGCACUAAAAAGACCCUGGUAACUUCAAUUGUGGGUGAAGUCCGCGAGAAGACCACCUUUGAAAACGUCUACACUCCAAAAAAGGACAAAGGAAUCGCCUUGAGAGUCACUUCUCCCAUCAACGCGAGGGUCUCAGCAACCACAAACUUCACCCAGACCAAUUUGGUAUCGGCUGCAGCCAGCUGUGUCAAGCACUUACCUCCAAAUCUCGAGCUUGGCGAGAAGGACCGCGUCGCAAUCAUCCAGAGUGUAAUCAGUAGCGAGAACAUCUCCAGUUCGGUGGUCAAGAUGCUCACAGCUUUUAUUUCUCAAGCCGAGCUCUCACUCAGUUGGAUAGAUCAAUCCACCGAUGAGAUCAUGCUGUGGAAUCCGACAAUUGUAUGUGGAAGUGUUGAUUUUAUUCAAUCCCUAGUUAGUCCACCAUUAGGAGUGGAAAAGUUGCUCUACUACCACCGGUUAUUUGCUCUUUCGCGUCUCAAGUUCAGUCUGUUCACGACAUUCAAGAAGUACCCCGCGUUGCGGUUGGUUUUCGCUCACAGAUCACUCAAGUCCAGACCAUACACCAACUGGAACACCGUCAGAGCAUCAUUAUGUGUUCAAGUGGUGGAAGAGUUGGGCUACUUCAACGUAGCUGGUCCAAUGAUCGUCUCUGAUGUGUAUGACUACCGGCAAUUUCCCGAGUCGGUCACCAGACAGAUUUCUGCGUGUGGCACAGUUGUCCAGGCAAACGAGGCCAAACUUGUCAAUUACAACGGCGUGGAUCCUGGUGAUCUCUGUAUCCGUGGAUACAACAUUGGAAAAGCCACCACAACCAUGGCCAAUGUGGGAGAGAAGGUGAUUCGCCCCGAUUCGAACGGCUUUUAUACAUUUCCUGUGGAAGCACGUUGGGGAACUGAUGGGUGUUUGUAUAUAAUGCUGUCCUAA